AUGGAAUCCGUCAUUUUUUUCGAUGAGCCACCCGCAGGCUUUGCUAAAUUUCCAGCUAUUGGUAAUAAUCUCGAUGAUAUUAUAGCAGCUGAGGAAAAGGGCGAAAGCCCUUUUCUAAAUAUUAUGGAUGGUUUUCGAUGCACCUUUCCCGGCUGUACUUAUGCUGGUACUAAACAUACAACAAUGCUUAAACAUAUAAGCAAACACCAAUGGUCUGGUAACACCACCAAAAUUAUUGAGAGUAAAAUCUGCAAUAUUUUCCCGUCCCGGAUGCGCUUCUUCCCCAUCCAUACUCCUACACCCAUAUCCCCCAAUAUCCAGUAUCUUAUGGAUCAAUACAACCAGCACCAGGCAAAUAGAGCCAAAAAUAUCACAAUUGCGCCAAUAAUGGAUCGCAUGACUGAAUGGGAUAAACGCGCCCCCUGGCCCCAGAUAUUUCAAGGUAUUAAUAUGGCAAGUCUCCAGCCUUUUCUAGACCCAGGAUCUUCAGACAUAUACGUCAACUCCAUCCUAGAUCAGGUCUUUGCCGUGGUGGCUACCCAGGAAGUAUAUAUCCGCCGUGUCGUCUAUUCCACAACACCAAAACUGGAAACAAAGCCCCUGAAAAUCCUCUCUGCUGCAACCAAGGCCAAGUAUAUCUCUGCCGCCCGAGACCUCAUCCGCGUAACUUUGGCAUGGGCCAAGAUUCCCAACAUCAUUCCUACCCUUUCCUUGCAUGACUCGGUCCUCAUUCCAGCCCAGGCUGGAAUAUCCCACAUGGAUACCCAGGCAGUCCAUGUGCUUUUCUCUAGCAUCUUUAAGAUGGAUGCAGAAUUUUCACAGUCGCCAAUUAUACUGCUAUUGGGUAUACGAAGCUGGGACUUUAAGGCUCAGCGCUGGCAUCCGCCCUCACAUAUUACACCACUAAUGUCGGCCCUUGUGUAUACCAUACGGGCUUUUAUUCUCUAUACCUCUCUAACUGGAUGCCAUGAUCUCUCCCGCAACGAAAGUAUUGCGGUUAUAAAGAGAGAAUGCAAGAAGUGGUUGGCGUGUGACGAACCAACAGUCUUUGGAGAGUUACUCUCCCUUAAACAACUCGCCCGGACAUUUGCCAAGAGUUAUUAUAAUAAGCCUAAUGUAUUGUGGGCUGACGAUUCAAUGAGCCUAACCUUUGAUGGUAUGGAUAUGGCAAUCACCGAUAUCAAACGAUUCAUACAUAAUACCAUUGAACGUUGUCGAGACGCGCUAUUGGCGGUUAGCUUUCAAGAUGAAGGUCAAUUCGCAAUGGACUUAACCCUCCAUUGCCCCACUCGAUAUACUGAUAAUUGGUCAUAUAUGGUGAGAGAUCAUGGACUUAUCGAGGCUUGUUGUCCCAAGCAGGAUACCUCAAUUCCUAGGCGGUACCUGUGUGAUGGCGUUGCUAAAACAAUUAAGCAAGCAUAUGCCGAGCUUUUCGAGGGAACCACUAUCCAAUCAAAGAAGGUAGACUUAUACCUGAAUAAAUGUGACGUCUUUAUCAACCACCUCGCCCUGGCGAUGGUCGUUACCUGUGGAAUGCCAAUGAGAGGCACCGAGCUGUCCGCCAUUAACUCUCAAAAUACUGGCAACCUUAGCCGCGGGCUAUUCAUCCAUGACGGAACCCUGGCUGUCAUUUGUGAUUACAACAAGACAGAGAGUGUCUCUGGGCACCCGGUUAUUAUCCUGCGGACUCUACCACAUUCCCUAGGAGCUAUGGUUAUUUAUUACCUCGCCCGGGUACGACCAUUUAUCAGUUUCAUCCGCGCAUUACAAUCCGGUCCGUCCCCCCUCGAAUACGAAGGCAGAGAGGCACUGCUAUUCAACGUACCAACAAAAAAUCUCCCCCUCUUCACGUCCGCCAUCUCCAAGACUAUGUCUAACGUGGCCAGCAACUACAUUGGCAAUAUUACACUAUCGCAAUGGCGACAUAUCGCCAUUGCAAUCGACAAACGGCAUCUACGGCGCAAUGAUAUAAAAGAUAUAUCCCACAUUCUACAGGCCGGGCAUACCCCAGACACUGAAGCCCGCCACUAUGCCCUUAGUUUCGAGUCUCUUGCUUCCCUAAGCGACGAGUCCCUGUCCGAAUUCAAAACGGCCAGUCAAACCUACCACACCUUCUUCGACCUCAACCCAUCUCGGCCACGUCCAAAAACAUUUCACAAUCCUGGACCCGCACCUACUCCGCCACCAAGUAAACGUCGGGCACACACACCAGAUAUACACACUCUUGCACCCAAUUCAAGCCACUCAGAUAUCGCUGCAAACCUCGCUCAUUCCAGCCCAGGCUGGAACCUUCCUACACCAAGCAGUAACAAUCACAAGAUGCAGCCAAUUUCGCCUGCACGCGAAGGGAUCAUGGAGGUGAUACCACAAAAUUUACAAGACCCAAUAAAUAUUGACACGUCACGUGAUGUAACAGCCGCGGACAUGGCUGAUGAAGGUCUUAAACGGCUAUAUGGACCAAAGGCGGAGUGGCGCUGUGAAUUACAACGCGAGGCUACAAUUCAUGCUAUUGGCACUGGUAGUCUCCUGGUGGUGAUGCCAACGGGCAUUGGCAAAAGCGUCAUCAUUUUUGUCAGUGCAAUAUUUAAUACCGGGAAGACUACUAUUGUCAUCUCCCCCUUUGUUGCACUGCGGCAGGAGCAAUUGUCUCGCGCAAAGGGCUCUGGUAUUGCCUCUGCUAUUUGGACUAAUCCUCAUGACGCGGCAAGGGCGGGUGUUAUAUUUAUUACACCCGAGGCUGCACUGCAAUUCUCAUUUAAGGCAUGGGCAAAGGCCUUGGCGUCAAAGGGUCAUUUGGCCCGGGUUGUUUUAGACGAAGCUCAUGUAUAUCUCUAUGAUAUCAAAUGGCGUGAGCAGCUUGCGGAAAUGGCAUGGAUGUCGGUCUUGGGGGCGCCCCUCCUAUUGCUAUCCGGCUCACUGCCGCCAAACGACGAGCCUAGAUUAAAGAAUGUCUUGAGGUACACGGAUAUGAGCAUCUUGAGGAUGUCUUGCCGGCGCGACAAUAUUCGGCGGGCUGUUAUCGUUUCCAAAACAACAACCGACGCACGGAAUGCCUUGUUGCCACUGGUUCGCCAGGGCACUAUCGUAUAUACCAUGAACAAAUCCGUGGCGGACGAGAUUGGGACAUUACUCGACUGCCCUGUUUUCCAUACUGGAAUUGCCUCUGAUCGUUGUCGGAGUAUAAUCGAUGGACUAGGUAAAGGAGAGAUUCAAGUGGUGGUUGCCACGUCGGGUCUUGGAACAGGCCUUGACUUUGGCCAUAUCAACAACGUCAUCCACUGGGAAGGUUCCUUUUCACUCAUUGAU